AUGUUCGAGCUCCUCAAACGAGACCUCCCGCAACGCGCACAUCCUCCCCUCCGGAAGCUCCUUGGGAGCUUCCGCGAGCACUUUGCGGAGGGCGCCCCCGCGACUCACCUUACGGUCUUCGACGUGCUCUAUGCACGCUUGCCGGCUUCGUAG